CCGAUUGACACUGGGUCAGUAUUAUAGUAGUGUCUUCAGCGCGAACAUCGGACAGUACAAUUUUACACUCGUUCGCGACAGUGUCCACGCGGUGCAAAGUAUAAAAUAUACUAAACGCACAUAAAAAAUUGUUGAAAAAAAAAUUAUAUUAACGUAAUAUAAACGUCCAAACAACGCGAUUCCGGUUUUUUUCGUAGUGACAGUCCAGCUGGAUACAGUUAUUAUACAUACAUGGUCGUAAAAUUUGAUCAUACCGCCGGGUUCACUAUGAAGAGAUGCCUGAGGCACCAAGUGUACAUCGUGCUCUACGGAGCACUGCUGUUCUUACACAGCACCAGUGGCGACGGUAACCUGGGACCGGAGAACAACGCGGCGGCGCUACCGCUCGAACACAGAUCCGGUGGCGGUUACGAUGUCGGACUUCCGCUGUCGUCCGGCGGUCCGCUACAGGGACCACACGACGACACGUGGCCUCUACAGGCCGUGCCAGACGCCGUAAAAAUCAAACACUUACAGGUACAGUGCGAGAAGACGCACAUGCGAGUGAACAUUGAAUUCGACCGGCCGUUCUACGGAGUAAUAUUCUCCAAAGGUUACUACAGCGAUCCGCACUGCGUGCACGUGAAACCCGGCACCGGUCACCUGAGCGCCACGUUCGAGAUACUGUUGAACAGCUGCGGCAUGACGUCUUCCGGAGGCACUGGCGGCGGCGGCGGCGGCGGUGCCGUGUCCGGUUACGGGCAGACGCCCAGCGGCAGUUACGUGGAGAACACCAUCAUCAUCCAGUACGACCCGUACGUGCAGGAAGUGUGGGACCAGGCUCGCAAGUUGAGGUGUACGUGGUACGAUUUCUACGAGAAGGCGGUCACGUUCCAGCCGUUCCAGGUGGACAUGCUGCACGCGGUCACUGCCAACUUCCUCGGCGACAACCUGCAGUGCUGGAUGCAGAUCCAGGUGGGCAAGGGACCGUGGGCGUCCGAGGUGUCGGGCAUAGUGAAAAUCGGUCAGACCAUGACCAUGGUGUUGGCCAUCAAGGACGAGGAGAACAAGUUCGACAUGUUGGUGCGCAACUGCGUGGCCCACGACGGCAAGCGGACGCCCAUACAGCUGGUCGACCACAACGGCUGCGUCAUCCGGCCCAAGAUCAUGUACAAGUUCCAGAAGAUCAAGAACUUCGGCCCGUCCGCGUCCGUCGUGUCGUUCACGUACUUCCAGGCGUUCAAGUUCCCCGACUCGAUGAACGUGCACUUCCAGUGCGUCAUCCAGGUGUGCCGAUACCACUGCCCCGAACCCAAGUGCCCCGGUGACUACGCUCUGCCACCGCACGCGGCCGAAGCAAACGGCGGCGGCGAUUACGCGGGUCUCAACUCGGUGCACCCCAACGAAUACGGACCGCCACCACCGCCGCCCAACCUGUUGGCCGACUACCCCGCGUAUCCGGACCCCAGACACCCGUCCGGACCGGCCGGCGCGUACUCCGAGCUCAAACCGGAAAUAGUGUUGCCGAACGCCGCGCCGCCGUCGGCCAGCAGCCCGAAACCGUCGCAGCAGCAGCAGAAGGACUCGGACGCGCCGAUCGCGGCCGGCGACGGUCACAACGACGACGACGGUCUGAACCUGCCGCCGCCACCGUUGCCCGGCCACGGGUCGUCGUACGCCACCGUCAAGCGACAGGGCACCGUCGGCGGUGACGACCAACAGCAGCAACAGCACAUGAACUUGGUGUCGCUGGGCGGCCGUCCGCGGUCCGUCGACAUUGACGGCGGCGCCAACAAGCCGCACAGGCACCACCGUCGGUCCACCGGCGACCCCGAACUGGACGUCAACACCAGCCGCGUCAUACAGGUGGUGGCGCCGGGCGACGUGAACUUCGCGUUGAACGUGCCCAACGGCGGCAACGGCACGAACGGCGGUAACGGCGGUAACGGCGACACGGUGGUCGUGUCCACCCGGUCCGGGCUGUCGGCGGACAGCGUGUGCAUCAGCGUCCCGUCGUUCGUCGCCGGUCUGGCCAUGCUCCUGUCCGUCUUGGUGGUAGCCUGUCUGGUGGUCACGUUCCUGUUCUUGCGGGUGCGGUCCAUGAACAACGCCAAAGCGAUGUCGUGCGGUGCACCGCCGACCGCACAGGGCCCUUACAUGCACGGCGCCGCGUUCGAAGCCGCCGAGUUCGUCAAGAUGGCCAGUUCGUAGUAGGACUGCCCCGUCUCACCAGAGUUUCUGAAAUGACUAUUUUUUUUUUAAACCUCCCCCCCCCCAAAAAAAAAUCCCUCUUCGCAAACACCCCCGAAACGGAGACAAGUACGCUUCGUCGACGAAUUGGGUUCCGAUUUUGUUCGUACGGAGCGCACCGAUUCCGUGGCGUUUAACAAUAGUUUAACAUUUUAUACGAUAUUUAUAACGCAAACAGUAUAUUAUAUUGUGACGAUAACGUUUUUUCACGCACACCGCCAAAGACAAACGACUAUAAUCGGCCGUCGUGCGCGAUUGCUAUGCAUUUUUACGAUUUUACCUGUUCAUAAUUAAUAUAUUAUAAUAUUACGUACACGGGCGUACCUGUACAUGAUAACAUUUUCACAUUUUACACACGCGAUGCGCAGAUCACGGCGUAAUAAUAAUAUUAUACUAUUCCCUGCGCAGGGCAGACGUUUUUAUAUAGUAAAUCGACGACACACGAAACGUCUGUUUAAAUUAUUUUAUUUAUUCUUAAGCACAUCUACUGUAGUAAGCAGUAUGACGAAUGACGUACGAGCAAUGCUCGAAUUAGAUGAUAUAUAACCGUAUUAAUAUUAUAUAAUUGUAUAUUAUAAAAGUAUUGUUUCCAAUGUUUUUUUUUUUACGAACGAGGCGGCGGCGGCUCCGCGAAACAACAACAACGUGCCCGCGGUUCGACUAUAAAAUAAUAAUAAGCGAUUUUAAUAAUUAAUCGCAAACUACAUAAUAUUAUACCGAUAUGACGCGAUACUAUUAUAUCAAUACGAUAGUAUUAAAACAUCACCACCGUGUACACGAUAACCUAAUCGUACCUACAGCCAACGCGAGUCGCCGAAAUAACAUAUUAUUUUAUUCUUAACACGACAAUAAUAUUAUAAUAUAUAACGUAUUAUAAUAUUAUACAUAUUAUUAUCAUCAUAUUAUGUAAUGUAUAUUAUUUUUUUUUUCUUGUCUUUGUAAAUAUUAUAUUUAUGUAUAACAUUAGUCUUAAAGAUAUUAUAUUUAUAUAUAUAUAUUAUUUUAUAGCGUUUAAAACAAUAUAUUAUGUAUACAACAAUACCAGCUUUUAGUUAUUAUGAUUAUUAUCAUUAUUAUUACCGUGAUAAUAAUUUAUAAUACAUUAUAUAAUACGCGAGUAUAAUAUAUUUAUGUAUCAAUAUAAUAUAAUAUUGUGUUUUAAGAGAACUAUAAGUCUAAACCAUUAUAAUAAUAAUAAUAUAAAUUAUAUUUAUAAAUGUAUAGUGUUUGUAAACACAUGUAAUGCAUUCUGCAGUUGUGUGGACCAAAAUGUCAUGCAAAGAACAUAGAAAAAAAAACGUAAUCAAAUUGGUCGUGAAUAUUAUGUAAAUAUGUAUAAUAUCAUAUAACACAUGUAUAUGAUAUAUAUAUAUAUAAAUCGCGACUAUAACAAUAAUAUUAUAUAAUUAUCUAUUAUUAUAACAUAUGCUAUACUUUUAUAAAUAAAUAUAUAUAUUUUUUUUCAAA